AUGGAUUCUCGGUUCCCCGUCUUUCGUGAAGAACUAUACAAUGUCCAGAUGGAUGUGAAACAGCUCCACCAGAUACAGGGCAGCCAUGCCGAGAGACUUGCGCGCCUCGAGAAGCUCCAGGCAAACGAGUCGGCCAUCAAGUCCGCCUGGAACUCGCCCUUUCCCAGUGCUAUUGGGGGCACACCACAACACGGUCCCAUCCAGCUGCCCCCCAGUGACUUGUUCGAUGACUUUGAUGAGCAAGGCCAGAAUCUGCUUGGGAGUCUCCACCUCGACACGGAGGACGAGCCUGUGCGAAGGGGUGCUGCCUCGCGUGCCAAUAGCGUUCGAUUUGACGAAAGUGCCCUCCAAGGCUCGAGCUGGGCGCAGAAUGGGAGGCAGUCAGGCGAAUUUGUUCCCAUCAGGCCCGGCAGUGGUAUGGGAAAUAUGAUGGAGCGCAGUCUCUCGCACAAGUCCGACGGCCGACAUAGUUCUGCGGGCUACUCCGUACAUUCGGCACAUUCGCAUCACUCUGUAGCGUCUGGCCGUGGCAGCAGUCUGGGUCUGGACACGAACUACGCGACAACCGGCUCCGAGGACGACUCUCCUGUCGAGAUCGCCGGGCCGCCCCCAGGAUUCUUCGUCCUCGGUUCAGUGCCGGCCAUCGUUCGAUGUUGGCUGACUGAGAACUUUGCUCACGACACGCUUCUCUAUGCCGACAUAUGCACUGGCUCGCAACAAUCCAUUCUUGACUUUUCACUGGUCAGAGAGCUAGGCUUGGAAGACGAAAUCCAUAAGGACCUUGACGGUGUUCAUCGCCUCCGACUGCCAGUCUAUCUGACCGAGGCUACCGUUACGCACCCCAGCGCUCGGAAUUCUGGUUCCGACCCGCCGAUGCCGAACAUAGUGACCAGCUUUGAGGUAGUCAAUCUUGAAGGAACGGACACUACGGAAUCGACGACAAGCUUACGGGUCUUCAUUGGAAGUGAGACGUUGCGGGAGCACUCUGCGGAUGUCCUCUUCUCCCAAAAUCGCAUGACUCUGUAUGGUAAUGAGCGGGAGAAACUGUCUGUCCCCUUUAUACGCCCGGAGGACCACGGAGUAUACAAGCACAUCCGUACCUCGGCCAUCUUGCCAGAAAAGAUUAAGUUGAAUGCUAAUGCCCGGCCAUUUGUUGUUGGCGAGCCGACGCAGCAGCCGGUCGACCCUCCCAAUGGCAUAGGUGAGAAGUUAGACCAAGAUACACAGAUCCCAUGUCCGCACUCACCGGAGUCCGAGGCACCAAGCAGACCAGUUGAACAGGAUCCAGGCCUCGUUACAGAAGUUGAUGCCGACCGUGACAGCCAGAACAAGGUAUCCAAUACAUCCGAAGGCGUCUCGGACCAAACGUCUACCAAUGACCAUCGUGGCGAGGGCGCCGAUGAUAGCCAUCAGCAUGAGUCCCCGGCGGGUGGCAUUUGGUCCUCAUGGAGGCAAGGUCCGUCAGCAAAUGGGGAGACUGCACCACUGAGCGGUUACCAACCCGCAGGCCGAGCCCGGAACAUGAAAGUGUUGAAACCUAGCAAGUCCAAUUCUUCUACUUCCGCUCGAACCGGUGCGUCUUACGAGCCGCCUCCACCCCAUAGAGCGAGCGCCGAAAGUCGUAGGAAGAGCCAGCCACCUACCGAGGUCGCUGCAACGCCAACUGGAGUACUCAGAUGGAAGUCGGACAAACCUUCGACAUCAAGUGUGUCAGAGAUCAAGCCGGCGGUUGCCCCUGCGGUCCGCGACACUCGCAGUGUGUCUGCCGCAAGCACGCCUCGCACUUCGGCAAACCCCGUCGGAGGCGCCUCGGCUUUUUCCUGGAUGACUCCGGCCAGCAAGCCGAAGGGACCUGCGGCGGCGGCCGAUUAG